AUGUGGGAGAUCUUAAACUUCAGAAUUAAAGCUGUCUCUACAGGCACAGUGUCCGGAACGUUUCGCUCCUGCUGUCAGCCACCUUGGGCUGUGGACAGUGCAGCCCAGCCUGAGGUCGGGAGGAUGAAGAGGCUCUGCCCCAGCAUCUCGGAGCUGGGGACAGUAACAGUCACACACUCCGGCUGCGGGGAUCCACGCCGCAGGAAAAGACACGGCCACGGAGGGCUACAGUUCUCGGCCGGAAGGCUGUUAGCCGUCCGGAGCGGGGGAGCAGGGGGUGAAAAAUUGGAGGAGUUUCUUCGCUCACUGAACAGCAGUAAACCUCUGUAUUUGGGGCAGACUGGUCUGGGUAAUAUUGAAGAGCUUGGAAAACUCGGGCUGGAGCCUGGAGAGAAUUUCUGCAUGGGAGGGCCGGGAAUGAUCUUCAGCCGUGAGGUUCUCAGGAGAAUGGUGCCACACAUAGGUGAAUGCCUUCGAGAAAUGUACACCACUCAUGAGGAUGUGGAGGUGGGCAGGUGUGUCCGAAGGUUUGGAGGAACUCAGUGUGUUUGGUCCUAUGAGAUGCAGCAGUUGUUCCAUGAAAACUAUGAGCACAACCGCAAGGGUUACAUCCAAGAUCUUCACAACAGCAAGAUUCACACAGCCAUAACACUUCAUCCGAACAAAAGACCAGCCUACCAAUACAGGCUGCACAAUUACAUACUGAGUCGCAAAAUUUCUGAACUGCGCUAUCGGACCAUCCAGCUCCAUAGAGAAAGUGCCCUGAUGAGCAAGCUCAGUAACAGUGAAGUAAAUAAGGAAGAUCAGCAACUGGGAGUAAUGCCAUCUUUCAAUCAUUUCCAGCCACGUGAAAGGGAGGAAGUCAUUGAGUGGGAGUUCCUGACAGGAAAGUUUCUUUACUCAAUGGUGGAGAACCAACCACCUCGGCAGAGCCUGAGCAGUGUCCUGCAGGCUGCACUGGAUGACACCGUGAUGCAAGUCAUGGAAAUGAUAAAUGAGAACUCUAGAUCUAGAGGAAGGCUCAUUGAUUUCAAGGAAAUACAGUAUGGCUACCGCAGGGUCGACCCUCUGCAUGGAGUGGAGUACAUCCUGGAUUUACUGCUUUUGUACAAAAGGCACAAAGGAAGGAAAGUUACAGUUCCGGUGAGACGCCACGCUUACCUUCAGCAGUUGUUUAGCAAACCUUUCUUCAAAGAAGCAGAGGAGCUGGAUGUAAGAAGCCUGCUGGAGGAUACCAACACUGACACUCAGUCUUUCUCUUUUCUUUCAAAUUCUUUUAAGAUUUUUUCCUCAUCAUUCCAAGGCACCAAAGACAAUGGGGGACGCAAUGACAAGAAAAUACAUAUUCUUGUUCCUCUCACAGGAAGAUUUGACAUUUUCUCAAGAUUUAUGGAUAACUUUGAGAAGACUUGUCUGAUUCCCAGGCAGAAUGUGAAGUUGGCAAUAAUUCUCUUCAGUUCUGAGUCAGGCCAGGACUCCAGCAAACACAUAGAGCUAAUGAAAGAAUACAGCAUGAAGUAUCCUAAGGCAGAUAUGACCCUGAUUCCGAUGUCAGGAAAGUUUUCUAGAGGCUUAGGUCUUGAAAUGGCCUCAUCUCGAUUUGACAAUGGCACUUUGCUGCUGUUCUGUGAUGUUGAUCUGGUAUUCACACCAGGCUUCCUCCAGCGGUGCAGAGAUAACACUAUUCAGGGAGAACAGGUUUACUACCCUAUCAUCUUUAGCCAGUACGAUCCAAAAGUAAUAUAUGGAGGCAACACUCCAGCUGACAGUAGUUUUGUUUUGACAAAAAGAACUGGAUUUUGGAGGGACUAUGGAUUUGGAAUUACCUGUAUUUACAAAAGUGAUCUACUUACUGCUGGUGGAUUUGAUACCUCAAUUCAAGGCUGGGGACUUGAGGAUGUAGACCUGUUUACUAAAGUGAUAACAUCUGGCUUGAAGGCUUUCAGAAGUCAAGAAGUAGGAGUUGUCCACGUUUUUCAUCCAGUUCAGUGUGAUCCCAACUUAGAUCCGAAACAAUAUAAAAUGUGUUUAGGGUCCAAAGCAAGUACAUUUGCCUCUACCAUGCAGCUUGCUGAACUUUGGCUACAGAAACAUUUGGGUGUCAGGUACAAUCGAACUCUCUCCUGACAUCUCAGCUUUGGCCUUUUUAGGGGAGUUUACCUCAUUAGUGUUACUAUUAUUUGAUUUUGCUGUCAUAGUUUUAAACUCCCUCCUCGUUGUCUUCCAAAGACUGUUGACCUCAAUUGGGAUGAGUCUGCUGUUCACUGAUGUUUCUUAUAUGUGCUGAACUGGUGAGGUGAAUUCCUUCAUCUUUGCUUUAUUUGAAAUUCGGUCAAGUCACAGCAAUCAUAUGAUCCCAUGGAGCACAUCUGUCACAAGAGACUGCAUCAGAAGAAUGUUCUCUUUUGGCUUUGGGAUGCAGUAUCAUCUUUGUUGCAUUUCUGAGAUCUGAUGUGAUACAAAUAUUUACUGCUGAAGGUACCACAAAAGUGCUUUAUGCUUCUUCUGGGGAUGGAACUCUAUAAGAUAAACUUGAGUUUUAUAAUUUAUAUGAGGACUUAUAUGUAUAAAAGGUACUUUUCUUCAUCUUUAGAAUUUUUAAAGUAAAUUAAUAACUAUGAUUGUAUCUUUAUUUUUAAAAAAAAAAAA